AUGGCUGCAGACACACAAUUAUUAGGGAAAAGGAAGAAAAAGAUACCGAAAAACCCAAAUCCUUUGUUUGUCAAGUGGCUCACACAAUGGAAACAUGAAGCCGCAGAGAAAGGAAUCAGUCUCCAGUAUACUUAUAAUAAGGCUUUGCAGUCUUUGAAAAAGUAUCCUCUUGUCCUGGAAACUGGCCAAGAUUGCCUUAUCUUAGAAAAUUUUGGUAAAAAACUCUGUAAUAUGCUGGAUGAGAAGCUCACAAGUUACAGAUCAGAAAACAAUAACACCCAGAUUGAAAUAAAUCCUGAAAGAACCAUUUCUCAGAGUAGCUCUUCAAAAGUGAAAUCUUUGCCUGGAAAUGUCAAUCAAAUACAGAAGCAUUUCCAUAAGAGAAUUCACACCCUCAGCAGUUCUGAUGAUAGUGAUUGUGUCAUUGAUGAGAUUACAGAACCUUUGAAAUCUUGUGCAGAUGUUUCAAAUUCACCCAAGGAAAAGGAAAGCCGAGGUGGUCGUCGGAAAGAAUAUAUUCCAAAUUACAGAUCUGGAGCUUAUUCCAUCUUACUGACUUUGCUUAACAGUAAACAGAGUCACAUGACAAAAACAGAUUUAAUUAAAGAAGCUCAGGAUUUAUGUGAUACUUCAUUUAAAACUCCUCCACCCGCAUCUCAUUAUACAGCCUGGUCAUCAAUGGGAAUUCUUAUUAAGAAGGGUCUUGUUUUAAAGGAAAGUAGCCCAGCAAAAUACUCUCUGACUGAUGCCGGUCGGGAAUUGGCUCAAAAGAUAAAAAACCUGGAACCUCCAAAGGAAAACAUUAACUCUACUAAAUCUACAAGAUCUUGUGGAAGGAGACAAAACAUUCAGUCCAAAUCAACUGACACAGCAAAUGACCUCGCAUCUUCAAAUCAUCUUCCAUUCCAGUCAGACUUGUACACUCGGAUAGGAACUGAAACUGAAUUAUUAAGCGUUCCAUUGCAACGACAGAAUAACCAGAAAGAAGUUUCCACCAAUUUGGCAAUAAAUAAAAACCCUGUCACUGAUGAUGCUUUUCCUAUAGAUCAAUCAACUUCAAUUGAGUUCACACUCCAACCUGGAACAUUCGAUAUCAUUCUGUGUGUGGAUAAUUGUGAAUUCUAUGGAAGCUCUUCUAAUGACAAAAACCUACUUCCAGAAUUAAUUAAAAAUGGUGUGAAGUGUAAUUUACGAAAAUUACAUGUUGGAGACUUUUUAUGGAUUGCACAGGAACGAGUGUACAGCACCCAUGUUUCAUUGUCCUUUUAUAACCUCUUCACCUUGCUUCCUCAUGCUCUUAUUCCCCCACCUUACUUCCUAUUUCUGUUGGACUCUCCACUUCCUUGGCCUCUUAUAAUUCCCUCCCCUGGGAUCUUCAGCCUCUUAUUCCCCCCUUACUUUUGGCCUCUUCCUCCCCCAACUUUCUACUGUCUUGGCCUCUUAUUUCCCUCCACCUGUUUUCCUGUCCUCUUGUUUUCUCUUCUCUUUGUCUUUCUUCUAUUUUUAUCUCUUUCCAGACCCUCUUAUUUUUUCAUUUUUUUCUCUUAUUCCUUUGACUUCUCCGGCCUCUUAUUUCCCCCACCCCAACUUUCUUGGCCUCUUAUCCAUAACCAGACUUCCUUGGCCUUGUCCCCCCCAACUUCCUCGGUCUUGUACCUUCUCCUCAACUUCCUCAGCCUUGUAAAUAUAAAAACUUACGGUUUGUAUACCAAACAAAAACGCUUGUCCCCAAAUUCUCCCCCUCCUCAGGCUGGGUGUCACCCGACUACUUUCCUCGGGCUGGUGUCACCUGACUAUUUCGGUCUCUCAUCCCUGGAUCUCCGAACUCCUUAUUGUCUCUCUAAUAAGACCCGAACUCCUUCGGUCUCUCAUCCUGCCCCAAUCAACUAUGGAAGUUUCUCAUCCCUCCCACCGAACUCCUUCGGUCUCUCAUCCCCUAAACUAUAA